CACCAGCCUCCAUCACCAUUCUCUCUCUCUAAAAAAAACCAAACCAAACUCAAAGAGGAGAGAUCAAUGUCUCUCUCCAACGCUGCCUCCUCCUCUCUCUCCACCAGAUCCCUCUACACCGGUCUCUCUCCCCGACACAGCAACCGUCAAUCCUCCAUCACCUCCGUCAAGCCUAAGUCCGUUAACCUCGUCGCGUCCCUCCACGCGGCGGAGCCAUCAAGAAACGCCGUUUCGGUUAAGGCUGGAAAAUGGACGCCGGAGAGCUGGAAAACGAAGAAGGCUCUGCAGCUCCCUGAUUACCCUGACGCCAAGGAGCUAGACUCUGUGCUGAAGACGAUCGAGGCUUUUCCUCCGAUCGUUUUCGCCGGAGAAGCGAGGAACUUGGAAGAGAGGUUAGCUGAUGCUGCUGUUGGUAAGGCUUUUCUUCUCCAGGGUGGUGACUGUGCUGAGAGUUUCAAGGAGUUCAACGCCACUAACAUUAGAGAUACUUUUAGAGUUCUGCUUCAGAUGAGCAUUGUUCUUACAUUCGGCGGCCAAGUUCCUGUCAUAAAGGUUGGGAGAAUGGCUGGACAGUUUGCGAAGCCUAGAUCCGAUCCAUUCGAGGAGAAGGAUGGUGUGAAGCUACCUAGCUACAAGGGAGACAACAUCAACGGUGACACUUUCGAUGAGAAGUCCAGAAUCCCUGAUCCGAACAGAAUGGUUCGUGCUUACACACAAUCUGCAGCUACAUUGAACCUUCUUAGAGCCUUUGCCACAGGAGGUUACGCUGCUAUUCAGAGAGUUACACAAUGGAACCUUGACUUUGUCGAGCAAAGCGAGCAAGCUGACAGGUACGAGGAGCUAGCGAACCGUGUUGAUGAGGCCUUGGGGUUCAUGUCUGCGUGUGGACUUACCACGGAUCAUCCUUUAAUGACCACAACUGAUUUCUACACGUCUCAUGAGUGUUUGCUUCUGCCUUAUGAACAGUCUCUCACAAGGCUGGACUCAACUUCUGGUCUCUACUAUGAUUGUUCUGCUCACAUGGUUUGGUGUGGAGAGCGUACCCGACAAUUGGAUGGUGCUCAUGUCGAGUUUCUAAGAGGAAUCGCUAACCCUCUUGGCAUUAAGGUGAGCAAUAAAAUGGAUCCCAAUGAGCUUGUAAAGCUUGUGGAAAUCCUGAAUCCUAACAACAAACCUGGAAGAAUCACUGUGAUUGUGAGAAUGGGUGCGGAGAACAUGAGAGUUAAGCUUCCUCACCUAAUCAGAGCAGUGCGUAGGUCAGGCCAGAUUGUGACAUGGGUCUGCGAUCCAAUGCAUGGAAACACUAUAAAAGCACCUUGUGGACUCAAAACACGAGCCUUCGACUCAAUCUUGGCUGAAGUGAGAGCCUUCCUUGAUGUGCACGAGCAAGAAGGAAGCCACGCGGGAGGUAUCCAUCUAGAGAUGACAGGACAGAACGUGACAGAGUGUAUUGGAGGGUCUCGUACUGUGACCUAUGAUGACUUGAGCUCUCGUUACCACACACACUGUGAUCCAAGGCUUAACGCGUCUCAGUCUCUUGAGCUGGCUUUCAUUGUUGCGGAGCGGUUGAGGAAGAGAAGAACCGCAAGUCAGCGUCUAUCUUGAGUGCCGUUUUUUUUUUUUUUUUUUAUAAUUAUUAUUUACAUUACACUUUUUGGUUCCAAAGAACUCUUGUUUUUGGCCUCUUGGGAGUAAACCUGCCUGAAGCAUUGUUCCGUUCUUCUGCGAUGUCAUGUCUUUGUUCUUUUAAGUUAAUGUUAAACCGUAUGACUACUACUGUAAACUCUCUCACAUUUUAUUUAUUUUGUAUGAAAAACUCUCUCAUCA